CCGUCUCAGUCACGUUAGGUUGUCAACACUCGCUUCCGUUCUCGAAUCCUGCUCUGCUAGACAAGUGUAUUCGGCGUAUUCGGCUCUUGCUGUGUUAGCUUCGUGUGUGCCGUGAAUUUAAUUAAACUUUAGCAAAAAAUGAGCUGGCAGGAUUACGUUGACAAACAGCUUUUAGCUUCUCGUUGUGUCACAAAAGCCGCCAUCGCAGGACACGAUGGAAAUAUAUGGGCAAAAUCCGAUAAUUUCGAUGUUUCGAAAGAAGAGCUAGCCAAAUUAGUUCAAGGUUUCGAAAAGCAAGACAUCCUCACAUCCUCAGGUGUCACGCUUGCCGGCAACAGAUACAUAUACCUUUCGGGUACAGAUCGAGUAAUUAGGGCUAAACUGGGCAAAGUCGGCGUCCAUUGCAUGAAAACAACACAAGCUGUGGUAGUUUCCCUAUAUGAAGACCCAAUUCAACCUCAGCAAGCAGCGUCGGUGGUAGAAAAGUUAGGUGAUUACCUGAUUACUUGCGGAUACUAGAGAUAGUGUGUGCCGCUUCAAGCAGCCAUGCCACGCGGCAACAAAAUUAAAUGAUUAAAGUUGUUUUUUUUUAUUUUCUACAGUAACAGCGAAAGCAACAUUCUUAUACCUACAAAUAUAAUUUUCGAUUACAUGUUAUUAUUAUUAUUAUUAUAUAAUUUCGAUUUAUUUUAUUUAUCUUAACAAAAUUCGUUUUUUUUUUCAAAAUUUGCUUAAAAUUUGAAUAAAGUUUCGUUUUCUUUAAAAUUUUAUAGUUUUUAUCGUACAGUGCCAGUCUAUAUCCUAAACAAAAUAGUUGAUUUUGAAGAAUCAAAGUAUUAUUUUGUUUACGAUGUAGCUCGCAAUAAAUUGCCAAUCAUAUUUUUAGACUGUGGUUCCAUUUGAUUUCAUUGUUUUUUUUUUUAGAAUAUAGAGUACUAUAGAUUAUUUUUUGAAGCCCAUAUUAUAUAUGUAUGCGCUUUGGGAAAUAUGACUGUAUUUUUUAAUUCGUGUUAGCUUUUCUUAUACCAUGCUAUCUACUACAUAUUUGAUACUGAACCUACAGAUAGGAUUUUUUAAUAAAAAAAAUCUCUAGUCCCACUAUUUUUUUUUAAUUUCCUUGUCCUGUGUAAAAAUUGAUGUUUGAACUACAAAAGCACAAAAUAGAAAUGAAAAAGGACCCGAAUGAGAAUUUUGUAAUGUUUUUUGAAAAAAAAAAGGAACAAUAAAAGUUAAUGCAAACGAAAGAAAAUCUGAAAAUUAAUUUUGCGGAGUCGCAUUCGAUUUUGGUGGGGUCUGGACGGAGAAAGUGCGAAAUUUUUAACGUCUGUUUUUUUUUACUGCUUCGAAGUAAUCCUGCUGAAACAAUGGCUGAUAUAAAUGCUUUGUAUUUAUUGCACUAGUUUUUUCAGCCACUAUAGUUUGACAAGAAUAUACUAUGGGGACAAUUCAUAUCAACAAAGGUUUACAUCAGUCCAUUUUUCAAUAACAAACUUUGGUAAACACCCGCUCGUGUUUUCCAAAACUUGUUCUUUCGCUUCUGUCAUAUCGAUGUAGUAAUAAAAUGCUCAGAAACAUGUUAAUGAUCAAAAUGUUUACCCAUUAUUUUUUCAUUUUAAAAACUUCAAAAAUGUAGCUGUUUUGAAUUUGCAAGGGAUAAUGUGUAUCUAAAUUAAAACGUAAUAAAUUUGUAUUAUAAAAUA